AUGAAGGAACCUGAAAAUGGAUGGGACCGUAACCUGGAAGAUAAGGAUGGAAAACCAACUGAUUUGUCCAGAGUGCAGUUUACAGGAGGACCCUCAGACACUGAAUCAGAAGCAGAUACGAAGGAUAAGGAUGACGUACCAAGCAUCAAUUUCUUUACCUUAUUUAGAUUUGCUACGAAACUGGACGUCUUCUUCAUAGUAGUAGCACUUAUACUCUCAGUAGUUGCGGCAAGUUCAACACCACUUAACACUUUCAUAUUGGCUCAACUAUUACAAGCUAUGGUCGAUCUAGGAAUAUCUUUAGCUACUGGAGCGCCUGAUUGGGAUUCUUUCAUCAAUUCAGUAUACUGGUUUGCCGUUUACAACAGUAUUCUGGGAGCGGCACUUGUAAUAUUGACGUAUAUUUCUACAACGCUAAUGAACAUGGCUGCAUAUAAUCAGGCUUUCAUUAUACGUCAAGAGUACUUAAAAGCAACACUUAAUCAAGAUUUCGCAUAUUUUGAUGUCCAUAAAACAACAGACAUAGCAUCUAAAGUGAACAGUGAUGUUUAUAAACUAGAAGAUGGAAUUGGAGAGAAGCUGGCAACAUUUAUUUUCUACCAGGCGUCGUUCUUGAGUUGUGUGAUCAUGGCCUUGAUUUUGGGUUGGCAACUGGCCUUGCUUUGCCUCAUAUCCUUCCCCAUAACUAUGGUUCUUGUAGGAGUUGCCGGUCUGAUUGCUUCGAAAUAUUCUAAGAAGGAAGCUGUAGCAUCAGGAAAAGCUGGCACUAUUGCAGAAGAAGUUAUAUCGGCUAUACGUACCGUGUACGCAUUCAGCGGUCAGAGAAAGGAGUAUGAAAGAUAUGCAGUACAUCUUGAGGAGGCCAGGAAAAUUAAUAUUAAGAAAGGUUUUUUUAGCGGUUUGGCAAUGGGCCUGCUGUUCUUUUGUAUCUUCUCUGCCUAUGGAUUGUCUGUAUGGUUUGGCUUCCAGUUGAUGAUAGAGCAGCCGGAAAAUUACGACGUGUUCACUAUGAUGGCUGUUUUCUUUGGCGUAAUGACUGGAUCUGCAAACUUCGGUAUAUCAUCGACGCUUAUGGAUGUGUUCGGCUCGGCUCGAGGUGCAGGCGCACAAAUCUUUAACAUGAUUGACAACGUUCCAACUAUCAAUCCCCUUCUUGAUAACGGAAUAAAACCAAGGACUGUUGAAGGAAACAUUGAACUGCGGAACGUCGUUUUUCACUAUCCUUCAAGACCAGAUGUGCCGAUAUUAAAAGGCGUCAAUAUAAGCGUCAAACGUGGUCAAUCAGUAGCACUGGUUGGUCACUCCGGAUGCGGCAAGUCAACAAUAAUUCAACUCAUAUCUCGGUUCUACGACGUGAUUAAAGGAUCAGUCUCAAUCGACGGCAAUGAUGUUAAGACCCUUUCAAUCCGGUGGCUCCGUCAGCAAAUCGGUCUGGUGGGCCAAGAACCAGUUCUAUUCAAUACCACUAUUCGUGAAAACAUUCGUUACGGACGUGAAGAAGCCACACAUGAAGAGAUCGAAGCUUGUGCACGACAAGCCAACGCACACCAAUUUAUUAUGAAACUGCCACAGGGUUAUGACACGUUGGUUGGGGAGCGUGGUGCCUCUUUGUCCGGCGGUCAGAAACAACGUAUAGCUAUAGCAAGAGCACUGGUGCGAAACCCCAGUAUUUUACUUUUGGACGAAGCUACUAGUGCCCUUGACACGUCUUCCGAAUACAAAGUACAGAAAGCGCUGGAUAAGGCUCAGGAAGGUCGUACUACGAUCGUAGUGGCUCAUAGAUUGUCCACAAUAAGGAACGUAGAUGUCAUAUACGUAUUCAAGGCUGGUGAAGUUGUAGAAAAAGGUAACCACGUCGAGUUGAUGAAGCUAAAAGGACAUUAUUAUGACAUGGUGAUGUUACAAACAAUGGGCGAUGAGGCAGCAGAAGAACCUUCUAAAGUACUUACUCGUGAAAGUUCGGUGAAAAGUGCUCAAGAAAUCGACGAUGAAGAAAUCCUCGAGCUAAAAUCAAGUGACGCUGAUGAGAAAGACGAAAAAGACACAGACGUGUCAUUCUGGAAGGUGCUUAGGCUGAAUAAACCGGAAUGGAAGUCGGUAACUCUAGCCAGUAUUUGCUCCUUGAUGAGCGGAUUCGCCAUGCCGCUUAUUGCUGUCAUAUUUGGUGACCUAUUAGGUGAUCUGGCAAGUGAAAACCUAGAAUCGGUUGUAGACACGGUGCGAGGAUACGCAUUAAUAUUUGUCGGUAUUGGCGUCUUUUCUGGAGUCAUGAACUUUAUAACAGUUUUCUUCUAUGCUAUUGCUGGUGAACAUUUGACGGAAAGGCUACGUCAGCUACUCUUCGAAAAAAUAUUACAACUAGAAAUUGCAUUCUUUGAUGAUAAACGUCACUCCACUGGAGCACUUUGCGCCAAACUGUCAGGAGAAUCAGCUGCAGUACAAGGGGCCACGGGUCAAAGAAUCGGUACAGUAUUACAAGCAGUAGGUACGUUUUCGUUUGCCUUGGUAUUGGCUUUGAUAUAUGAAUGGCGAGUGGGCCUAGUCGCUUUAUCUUUCGUGCCUGUAAUAAUGGUGGUGUUAUACAAACAAGGAAGAAUGACCUACUACGAGUCGACUGAAACAGCGAAAAGUAUGGAGGCUAGCUCUAAGAUUGCCGUAGAAGCUGUAGCCAAUGUAAGAACGGUAGCCUCGCUUGGCCGAGAAAACACCUUCCGCGACGAAUACGCUAAAAAUUUGAAACCAGCCCUUGACCUUGCCAAGCGCGCUUCGCACUUGCGAGGCCUCGUAUUCGGCUUGUCUAGAGGCAUCUUUAAUUUCGUUAUGGCUGCUGCUAUAUACUACGGAGGCACGCUCAUUGUCAAUGAAGAGGUUGAGUUUCAAGUCGUUUUCCAAUCUGCUCAAGCACUACUCAUGGGUUCGUCUGGAGCAGCACAGGCAUUCGCUUUUGCACCCAACUUCCAAAAAGGCAUCCAGGCAGCUGGCCGGAUCAUAACAUUGCUCGGCCGCCAAUCCAAAAUCGUGGAUCCCGUGCACCCAACGGCCAAUAACUUCAGUGGUAGCGGACAAGCGAGUCUACAGAACGUCCAAUUUAGAUAUCCCACGCGCCCCAACAUUCAAGUCCUAAAAGAUUUCAAUCUAGAGAUCGAGAGAGGCAAGACCGUUGCCCUAGUGGGAGCCAGCGGAUGCGGCAAAAGUACUGUCAUACAAUUGCUACAGAGAUAUUAUGACCCGAAUGAAGGCAUCGUGGCCCAAGACAGUAUACCUCUUCCAAAAUUGAAGCUUGUAGAUGUAAGAAAAUCAAUUGGGUUCGUCCAGCAAGAACCUAUUCUUUUUGACCGCACCAUCGGAGAAAACAUUGCUUACGGCAGUAUCACUAAUGCUACCAUGGACAGCAUCAUAGAAGCAGCUCAACAAGCAAACAUUCAUAAUUUCAUCACUUCGUUACCACUGGGCUAUGAUACAAACAUAGGAUCAAAAGGAACACAAUUAUCUGGCGGUCAGAAGCAAAGAGUGGCCAUUGCGAGAGCUCUGAUACGGCGCCCAAAGAUGUUACUGCUGGACGAAGCUACAAGUGCUCUAGACACUGAGAGCGAGAAGGUUGUACAAGAAGCAUUAGAUGCAGCCAAGGCCGGUCGCACGUGCGUAAUGAUCGCCCACCGCCUCAGCACAGUACGAGACGCUAACCUCAUCUGCGUUGUGCAUGAUGGACAAGUCGCAGAAAUGGGCACCCACGCUGAACUGUUUAAACUUAAAGGGUUAUACUACAAUUUGAAUAGGGUUCAAUAUUCUUAA